AUGGCAAGACGAGCAGACCCAUCCAAAUCGUCAAAAGAACCGGUACUCGCCGACAAUAGUAAUUCAAAUGUCCAUCUAUUCUUCGAUAUUUAUACGCCACGAUCGCAUUUUAUCUGUAGUCAUCCUACAGGUAGGGAACGACAGGAGGCAUCGGAUGAUGAUAUUAAUACUACAUUGGCUUUGAUACCGCAAUUUUUACGGAAGAAACCAGAAUAUGACGAAGGAGAAGCUAUCCUGUCAUUUCAUAUGGGUUGUUGGUAUCAAGGACAUCGAAAUAACUGGCAUUGUCAUCUGUAUGUUAGGUUUGAACCAUAUUGUAAUGAAGCAGGAGCGAAGGUCGAUCCUAAGUAUGUUCAAGAAGCGACCGAUCUUCGUGAGAAAACUAAAACCAAAUAUCAGAAAUAUCAAGGUGACUGUAUCGAUAAUGCAGGAAAACUACAGAAUAUAAAAGUUGAUCUAUUACAACUUGAGUCUACUGAAUUUGGUCUUCGAUUUAUGGUACGUGAACCCCGUAUUGCUAUUUGUAGCAAACAACAUUCAACAACACCACGUGCACUUUAUAAUUAUCUGAUGCAACUGUACCCUCGUAUGAUCACGAUUCAUAAAGAUUUUAACAGCUUGGGUUGCCAUCUCUGUCUCUUUGUGUCGACAGAAAGUGUCACAAGCGCACGUUCCGCUACUUUAUUUAAUUCAGGUAAUGUUACAGAUGUCGAUACAGUUGGUUACAUACAAAUGGGUGCAGAAGAUUACUAUCGAAUAUUGCCUACUGAACUGAAACCUAAAUGGUUAAAUGAAUUUAGCAACAAUAAGCAAUAUAUUGUGCAUACGUAA